UUGAUAUUUUCCGGAAGAGUACACGUUGGUGAUUGCGUCUCCGGUUGUGAUGCAUCAAGCAUUCGUUGCUGAGUUGACUAACCUGUUGUGGUAGCUAGAGGAUUCUGCCAAAAGUGGCUAACCUCUAGUAAAGGUUAGCAUAAAACGAUUUGAACAAGAUGUCGAAGGAGCCUGUAGCGCCAACGUUUCUCCACAAGCCAAUCCUACGACAAGAGGACGACGGAAAUCGGCUGGUAUUCGAAUGUGAACUUAUCGCCAAUCCGAGACCCACGGUUCAAUGGUUUCGCAAUGAACAUGAGGUACUGGACACUCAGCGAACUGAAUAUAAGAUAUUAGAGAAGGCUCCGGGCAAAUACUACAUCGCGCUGGCCAUUGACGACGUGUACGAACCCGAUAAAGGACUCUAUACCGUUUCAGCCAAAAACCACCUUGGAGAUGUCAGCUCUUCCAUCAACCUCAACUUUUUGCCUGCUGAUAAGCCAUUCGAAAGGCAAAUCGACGGCAUCGCGCCGACGUUUGCUAAGAAGCCUUCGAUCCGGCAGGAGGAUGACGGUGAACUCCUGUUAUUUGAAUGCCGAAUCACCGCUGAUCCCAAACCAGAAAUCUUCUGGUUCCACAAUGGUGCUCCAGUUCAAGAGAAGCCCGGUCGUUUCAAGAUUCUUGUACGGCCCGAUGGUGGUCACCACUACGAUUGCACACUGCAGGUUUCAGACGUGACAGUUGAAGAUGCUGGCAAAUACAAGGUGGUCGCCAAGAACGAGUUGGGCGAAAGCAACGCUACAAUAUCACUGAAUUUCGAUAGCGACGAUGCCAACGUGCCCGAAGGUGGGACAAAGCCGACCUUUGUAGAGAAGCCUCUUAUUAAGCAAAGCGACGAUGGAAAUAAGAUCAUGUUCGAGUGCGCCCUCAUUGCUGAUCCCGCUCCAACAAUCAAGUGGUACCUCAAUGGCGCUCUCGUGCCAGAAGGAACACGGCACAAAUAUCGACUCAUCUCGGACAAGCACAAUCACACUUGCACUCUUGAAGUUUCGAAAGUCAGGGCGGAAGAUGGCGGAGAGUACAAGGUCGUCGCAUCCAACUGUCACGGAGACGGGCAUGCCAACAUAACGCUAAACUUUGACGCGGGCAAGCCCAAAAUUCCUGAGGGAAAGGCACCUAGGUUCCCGAAAAAGCCGACAAUCCGACAGGAAGGAGACUCCCUAAUACUUGAAUGUGUCUGUGAAGCCCAUCCUUUCCCAGAAGUUACAUGGUUUCUAGGAUCAAAGAAAAUCAUGGAGGGCGUCAGACAUAAAACUGCGCGAAAGGAGAUCUCCAAACAUACGUAUCAUCUCUCACUUGAGAUUAGAGAUCCUACAACAGAAGAUGGCGGAAGCUAUAAAUGUAACGCUAUGAACGAAUUAGGUGAUAGUAAUGCGAAUAUUACUUUGAAUCUGCAAGGCGCUGCGGAGCCGCCAAAGUCGGGUGAUGCUCCUACGUUCACUCAAAAACCUAAGAUUGUUCCAAAAGACGGCGGUUUGAUGAUUAUCAUGGAAAUCCACGUGAAGUCGAAAUCUGCCCCCGACUAUACAUGGUUCCAUGGGUCGAACACUGUUCGUCAACAGGCUGGCCACAUUUCAUUUUCUAUGGAAAAAGAGGGAACCGAAGAAUACGUAAUAAUUAUGGAAAUCCGCAACCCGGCAAAGGAAGAUGGCGGUAUGUAUAAGUGUACAAUACGAAAUGCCCACGGAGAGAUUAAUGCCAACCUUAACCUCAACAUCGCUGGAGCACCAGCUCCAUCCGGCGAAGCUCCUUCGUUCGUCGAAAAGCCUAAAAUUCGGGCCGAAAGGGAUGGCAAGCUUAUCAUUAUGGAGUGCAAGGUUAAGGCCAAUCCUCAGCCUAGUAUUAGCUGGUAUCGAGAAGGAGUCACUGUUUUGGAAGGGGGACGCAUUAAACAAACUGUUCGCCAGGAGGGCAACAUAUACCAUAUUAAGCUGGAGCUUUCAAACCCCGAGCUCACCGAUGCUGGCGUCUACAAGUGCAAUGUGAAGAAUUCUGCAGGAGAGUCAAAUGCCAAUCUUACUCUCAAUAUUGAACUGGCGCCGGUAAUCAAGGAAAGACCGAAGGUCAUUCGUCGUGAACAUCAGAAGACAAUUAUAAUUGAAUGCACGGUGCAAUCUGCCAAUAAGCCUGACGUUGUUUGGUAUAGAGAAAAUAACAUGGUGCGUGAGGAUACUCGCCAUCAGGUCCAUAUUAAGCAAGUGUCGCAGGGUGAGUUUGCAAUAGCUCUCGAAAUCGAAGCGCCCGACGUUAAGGACAAGGGCGUGUAUAAGCUGAUGGCCAAGAAUACUAAAGGAGAGAGCACGUCGCAGACAGUCAUUGUUGAAGUGGACCAAAAAGAGGAAAAGAAAACUCCGGAGCCCCCUAAAGGCGAAAAGCCCAAAAUUAUUGGUAAGCUUCAACGAGUGGAGAUCGAGCAGGGCAAGUCGGAAACUCUAUCGAUUCGUAUUGAAUCGAAGACAAAAUGCACCGUUAUUUGGUACCGAAAUAAAACGGUUCUACGAGAGUCAACAAAGAUAAAGACCACAUUCGACGGAACAGUGGCCCAACUUCGUAUCUUGGAGGCUACGACGGACAUGUCAGGAUCUUAUACUGUUGAAGUCAAAAAUGAAUUUGGAGUUGAAGAACAUUCAGUUGAGGUCGCCAUCAAAGAAAUGAAAAAGGUCGAGCAGACAACAGUGACGACGAAGACUGAGGAAAAGAAGAUUGAGGUAGAAAAAGCUGAAGAAAAGAAGCCCGAAGCGAAAAAGCCCGAACCCAAGAAACCUUCGGUGCCGGAAAAGAAGCCCGAAGAGAAGAAACCUCCGGUAGGACGACAAGAGUCUUUAGCGAGACCUGGUGAUUCUGGAUCAUCAACACCUCACCGAACAGGAUCGCUCAAGCGGACAGAGUCCGUAAAAUCAAAAGAAUCUCGUUCCUCAACACCGGACUCCACAAGGAGAUCAUCAGCUAUCUCGAAAGAAGACAUUAAUAAUAUUUAUGAGGCGCUGCAUGCUGCGCCCGUUGGAGGAGGAGUUAAGAGAAUGAUGGGUAUUGAGUAUGCGUCAGAUGGUAAGCGGACUUGCACGGCCGACGACAUUGCUAAUAUCCUUAAAGGAUCGAGAUAUGUCAGAGAAAUAUCUAGCGACACCACUGAGCCGACUUCAGAUACUCCCACACCAAUUGUGCACUCACCGUGCACGUCACCGGUGCCCUCUUCACCCGUGCCAACAAUUACCAUUGAAGAUAUUACCGAGAUGUCACCACCGCCGCUGCAAGCUAUCACUAAAGCACCCGACAAAAAUAAACCACCUCCAAUAGUCGUUGAAACGCCGCCGAACGCGACCACCCCACAAUCGUCGCCGAUACAAUCGCCCACUCCAAAAGAGGCUAAAGAAACAAAAGACGUUCCCGCCAAACGCGGCUGGAAAAAAGUCAAAGUAUUCGGCGCUGAUGAGGAAAAAGAGGAGCCUUCACUCGUCGCCCGCAGAAGCAGCGUCUGCCUCGCGCUUGAUCCUUCGAAGGAUCUGGCUGUGCAGAUGGACGCAAUGGCUCCGGGGAGCACGGUGCUCAUCCACGGCCACGAAAUGCAAGUCCAGCAAGCCAAGGAAAUGCUGAAGAAGGGCGUAUGCAUGGACGAGAAAGGCCAGAUGAAAAAGCUUCGUCCAGGCGAGGUACUGGAAGUUCGCCAACGGAGAAAGUCCAGUGUCGGCGUAGACAUGCGCCGAGGCAGUACUGCAGGCGAUGAUAGUCGAGUUGAUAUGCCGUCAACACCUAUUAAAGCCGUCGGUGAAGGCGGACCGCCAGUUAUCGUUGACUAUCAAGAGAAUAUCUCGGCGACGGAAAACUCGACCGGUCAGUUAACUGUCACUGUAGAAGGCAAUCCUGCCCCACAGUUCCGCUUCUACAAGGCCGGCACUGAGAUCUUCGAAGGCGGUCGCUACAAGAUCGUAACAGAUGGCUCGACGAAUUCGGUCUACUUCUGCAUCCGUAAGUGCAAAGCGAGCGAUGAAGGAAAGUAUUCUAUCACCGCUUACAACUGUCACGGCGAGGACACUGUUUCCAUGUCGUUGCUGGUUGCCCCUGAGGGCGGCAUGGACUUCCGUGCCAUGUUGCAGCACCGCCAGUACGGUAAAUGGAACAAACAAAAGCCAGACCCCGACUGGCAGCUUAAGGAGCGCGAAAAGGAGGAGGAACUCGCCAAACUUGCCAAAAAGAAACCCGAUACUUUCAUCAAGCCCCUGAAGAACGUGCAUGUUAAGGAGGGCAAGGAUGCCAAGGCACGAUUUGAAGCAGUGUUUUCGAAGAACGGCGUCAAGGGUAAAUGGUUCAAGAACCGCCAAGAACUGUUUAUGGGCAAGAAGUACAAGAUGUCCUCUACAGGCGAUCUUCACGUUCUUGAGAUCAACAACCCGACCCAGGAUGAUGAGGGAACCAUCACGCUGACUUGUCUUGAGACUUCUUGCAAGGCCCUUCUUGAAGUUGAUGCUCCCGAUCCGGUGUUUAAGUUUACAAAGAACUUGCCUAAGAAGGCUGACGUGCACACGCUUAGGGAAUUGGUUCUCGAGUGCAGUUGCAAUUCCGCAAAAGCACAGGUACAGUGGUAUAAAGAUGACCUCAAGAUCAAUGCAUCAGAACGAUUCCAGAUGGAACAGGAUACGUUCGGUAAAAAGAUACUGCGCGUAUUCAACCUUAUGCUUGAAGAUACGGGUGAGUACUCCUGUAAAAUCGUUCACACAGCCGAAAAAACUCAGUGCAAAGUGUCGGUUACUGAAAAGCAAUAUCAAUUCAUGAAGAUGCUCAAAUCGUUGCGUAUUAUUGAGAAAGAACCAGUCACCUUAGAGUGUGAAGUCGAUGAGCAUGAGGCGCCUGUCACCUGGUACAAGGACGGAAAGGAGCUCAAACCUGAUAAGCACUAUAACAUAUCGGCCGAGGGUAAGAAAAGAAGGUGCUGUAUUAAGAUAUCCAAAGUAGCUGACGAGGGCACUUAUUCCUGCAAAACAAACGCGGAGGAAACAUCGUGCGAACUCAUUGUAGAACCUGCUAAUCGCUGGCAGAAGAAGCUGAAGGACACAACGGGUAUUGAGAGGCAGGAAAUUAUACUCGACGCUGAGCUCAUGGAUCGCACUGCUCUAGUGAAAUGGUUUAAAAAUGGCCAAGAGAUAAAAUCUGGAGAAAAUAUUCAGAUUGUCUCUGCUGAGGGUAAGCAUCAGCUGAUAUUCAAGCAGGCUACCCUUGAGGAUACUGGCGACUACUCGAUUGAAACUAAAGGUCUGAAAUGCGCAUGUUCGCUAACCGUGCAGGAGGCUGAGAAGGCGCCGAUUAUCAAGCCUGAGAAACUAGACUACGCAUUUGAUCAAGGCAAACCGUUCACGUUUGAAAUCCCUUAUAUCGUGACCGGAACGCGUACGUCCGAUGUAAUCUGCAAGCUGGAGUGCAAUGGCAAUGUUAUUCAAACAAAGGACGUCGACCAAGUGGUCAAAGAGAAUGUGGUUGUACUCAGUUUCCGUAAACCGGCGCGUGCAAGUACGGGACCGUACACUAUUACGCUAAGUAAUUCUCAAGGCCAGGACAGUAAAACGCUUAAUAUCAAUGUUAUGGACGUUCCCGCACCGCCUGAAGGACCGCUGGCCGUAACCGAUAUAUUUAAAGACCGUUGCAAACUAAAUUGGAAGCCUCCAAAAGAUGAUGGUGGCUGCCCUAUCAGUCACUACGUGAUCGAGAGGCAGGAUCUCAGUGCGAAAGGCGGGUGGACCGAGGUUCUCAGCUCCGAUACUACUACAGUAAAUGUUACUGAUCUUACACAAAAGAAGGAGUACAAAUUCCGGGUACGGGCGGUCAAUAAGAAGGGUAAAUCCGAGCCGCUUGUGGCCGACAAAACAACUCUGGCAAAAGACCCUUUCGACGCCCCGUCGAAGCCUGGCUUGGUAGAGCUCACCGACUGGGAUUCGGAUCGCGUCGACCUCAAGUGGGAUCCUCCUUCAAGCGACGGUGGCGCACCCAUCGAAGAAUACAUAAUCGAGGUCAAGGAUAAGUUUUCAAACGCAUGGACCGAGGGCGCUCGCGUGUCAGGUUCCGAAACUAAGGGUCGCGUUAAGGAUCUCAAGGAGGGCGUACAAUAUGAGUUCCGUAUUCGUGCUGUCAAUAAAGCCGGCCCUGGAGAGCCCUCUGACCCGACUAAACCUAUCAUAGCCAAAGCACGUUUUGUCAAGCCGUACAUAAUUGGUGACGGUAUUAAGGGCUUGAUAGUCAAGAUAGGUACGACCAUCAAGCUUGAUAUUGACUUUGGGGGCGAACCCAUGCCUACUGUCAUGUGGACGCUCAAUGGUCAGGAAAUUAAAGAGGUGACUGGAAAAACGACAAUUACCACCGUUGAAGAUAAGAAGAAAAAUACACUUCUUGUUACCAAGGAUUCUGUCAGAGCCGACAGCGGUACGUACGAGUUGACUUUGACCAAUUCCUCCGGAACAGUCACCUCGAAGGGAGAUAUCGUCGUUCUCGGCAAGCCGACCAAACCUAGAGGACCCCUUAAUGCUGAUAAAGUCCGUGAGAACUACGCCGAAAUAUCAUGGAAGCAUCCAGAAGACAACGGAGGCUCGGAACUUAAAAGCUACGUUAUUGAGAAGAUGGAUGUGGAGACAGGGCGAUGGGUUCCUGCCGGAGAGGUCGGGCCCGGCGAAACUAAGGCUAAGGUUACCGGUUUGCAGAAGGGGAAACGUUACAAAUUCCGUGUUAAAGCCGUCAACAAGGAAGGAUCUUCAGAGCCGCUUGAACUUGAUGGCGAAGUGGUGGCGAAAAACCCAUAUGACGAGCCUGAAAAACCCGCCAAUUUGGAGAUAGCCGACUACGACAAUACUAUGGUUGAGCUCAAAUGGGACAAGCCGGAAAAAGAUGGAGGCAGACCAAUCCUGCACUAUGUGAUCGAAAUGAAAGAUAAGAUGAGGCCCGAGUUCACUGAGGUUAUGAAGUCCGAUGGUCCAGUUACGACCGCGAAGGUCACAGGACUGAAGGCAAAUUCCGUGGUGCAGUUCCGUGUCAGAGCCGUCAAUAAGGCAGGAGCAUCGCAACCUUCUAAUGAGACUGGACCACACAUUGUCAAGCAUAGGAACCUUAAACCACGAAUCGACCGAACUAAUCUAAAGACGGUGAUCAUCAAAGUAGGUCGAAACCACACGUUCAACGUCGAUAUCAGUGGUGAGCCUCCGCCAGAGGUCAAGUGGACCCUGAAUGAAAUCGAAUGUGUGGCUAGUGAUCACUACACGCUGAAGAACGUCGAAUACCAUUCUGACUUUGGACUUGUCAAUGCAAUUCGUAAGCAGACGGGCAUAUACACGAUUACAGCAACCAAUAGAAAUGGCACUGAUAGCGUGACCGUUGACGUCACCGUGCUCGGUAAACCCUCUCGUCCGGGAGGCCCGCUUAAUGUCAGUGAUGUUCACAAGGAGGGAUGCAAACUGUCUUGGAAUCCGCCAGAUGAUGACGGUGGUAAACCAAUUCAGUACUACGAAAUUGAGAAAUUCGAUAAGGAGACCAACCGGUGGACCCGUUGUGGUAAGAGCGAUAAGCCAGAGUUCGACGUUACCGGACUCACCCCAGGAAAGGAAUAUCUGUUCCGUUGUGUGGCUGUUAGCGACGAGGGCGAGUCGGAGCCCUUAGAGACCACAACAGGCACUAUUGCUAAAGAUCCUUGGGAUCCCGCGGGCAAGCCCGGCAAACCUGAAAUUGUCGACUACGAUAACCGAAUGGUGCAGCUCAAAUGGGAACCGCCAAAGAGCGACGGUGGAGCACCGAUCGAGAAAUACAUCGUACAAAAGAAAGACAAAUUCUCGCCUGAAUGGGAAAAGAUCGCCGAGUCGAAAGGUCCCGAACCGAUGGUGCGGGUGGAACCGUUAGUUGAAGGUACUGAGAUGCAAUUCCGCGUUAUUGCUAUAAACAAAGGCGGACUUUCGGAACCAUCAGACGCCACCGAUCUACAUAAGGUUAAGCACAGAAAAUUAAAGCCUUAUAUUGAUCGCACCAACCUCAUCACCACUAUGGUGAAGAAAGGCAAAUCAAUUCAUAUUGAUGUCAACGUGCGCGGAGAGCCCCCUCCGAAAAUCACUUGGACGGUCAAUGAUACAGAAGUGGUUUCCAAGGGCAAUGUAGAAGUAAUCACAGUGGAUUACCAUACCGAUCUGAAGAUAAAAGACACUAUCCGCACAAACUCCGGCGUGUAUAAGAUUACUGCGCAGAAUGAACAUGGCAAGGAUGAAGCAGAGCUUGAGAUCUGCAUCCUCGCGGCGCCGGCUCGUCCGAAAGGCCCACUUCAAGUGACGGAUGUUACCGCUAAAGGCUGCAAACUUAAAUGGAACAAGCCCGAGGAUGAUGGCGGAAAGCCCAUUCAGGCGUACAUGGUUGAAAAGAUGGAUACCACCACAAAUACUUGGGUACCCGUCACACGGGUCGACCCUGACGAGACAGAGUGCCAUGUUGGUGGUUUGGUGCAAGGUAAGGAAUAUCAGUUCCGUGUGAAAGCUGUCAACGCGGAAGGUGAAUCAGAGCCGCUGGUGACAGACCAUGCCACCAUUGCGAAGAAUCCGUACGAUCCCGCUGGACCUCCUGGAAAACCUGACAUCGUCGACUGGUCCGAAAAGCAUGUUGACCUUAAAUGGACCCCACCCAAGAGCGAUGGUGGUGCUGCAAUUACUGGGUACGUGAUCGAAGCAAAAGAGAAAUUUUCUUCGCAGUGGGUAGAAAUGGCAACGCUCGAAGGUUCGAAACCCGAAGGCAAAUGCGAGGGUCUCAUUAAAGGCAAGGAGUACCAGUUCCGUGUUCGUGCUGUGAAUAAAGCUGGACCUGGUGAACCUUCUGAACCAACGAGAAUUCACCUCUGUAAAGAACGACACUUGGCGCCACGCAUCCUUCGUGAGAAACUUGAGAACGUUACGGUCCGUGCCGGUCACCUAGUUAAAACCGUCGUCGAAGCUCUCGGGGAGCCUGCGCCUAUCAUUACAUGGUCGUUUAAGGGAAAACUGUUGGAGCAAGGCGAGCAUUGUAAAAUUGAUAGUGAUGAGCCUUACAAGUCCUUCCUUACUCUUACUAAUACAAUAAGGAAGAAGUCCGGAAGGUAUACCAUCACAGCGAGUAAUGAAUCAGGUACGGACGAGGCAACGAUUAACAUCAAUAUCCUCGACAAGCCUUCACCACCUGAAGGACCUUUGGAAGUUAGCGACGUACAUGCUGAUCGCGUCAAGUUAUCCUGGAAUCCACCAAAAGAUGACGGUGGCUUGCCUAUUGAGAACUACAUGAUCGAGAAGAUGGAUGUUGAUACUGGCAGGUGGGUGCCAGCGGGCAAAGUUGGCAAGGAUGGCACUACCGCUGUUGUAAAGGGGCUGGAGCAGGGCAAAAAAUAUCACUUCCGCGUCAAGGCAAUUAACGAUGAAGGUUCCUCAGAACCACUUGAAACGGAUCAUUCAACCGUUGCCAAGAACCCUUACGAUGUGCCUGGGGUGCCCGGUCAGCCUAGCCUUAAGGAUUACGACAAAGACUUCGUAGAACUCAAAUGGGAUAUGCCAUUGCGUGACGGAGGUGCUCCCAUUACUGGAUGGAUUAUCGAGAAAAAGGAUAAAUUCGCCGCUGAAUUCACACCUUGCGCGGAAAUUCAGGGCUCGACACCACAAGGCAAGGUCAGCGGUCUCACUGAAGGUGAGAAAUACGAAUUUCGUGUACGUGCUGUUAACAAAGCUGGUAAAGGUGAGCCAUCAGAACCUACUCAACCUAUUCUAGUAAAGCACAAGAAUCUCAAACCACGCAUUGACCGAACGAAUCUUAAGACAAUCAUUGUGAAGUCUGGCCAAAGUGUAUUCUUCGAUGUCAAUGUCCGAGGCGAGCCACCUCCGACUAUCGAGUGGUUUCACGGAAAAAGCGAAACAUCACUCUCUGCUGGUGAGGUGUAUAGCAUCAUCAAUGUUGAUUACAACACCAAAUUCACCAUGCUAAAAGCAACUCGCAAACUCACAGGCAAGUACAGAAUCAAGGCCACCAACCGUAAUGGAACCGAUGAGGCUGAUGUGGACAUUACUGUACUUGGAAAGCCUAGCCGAUGUGGUGGACCACUGCAGGUCAGUGAUGUUAAAAAAGAUGGCUGCAAACUUGCCUGGAAACCUCCCGAAGAUGAUGGAGGUUCUCCGAUCGAGUGUUACGAGAUCGAGAAAAUGGAUGAGGAGACUGGCAAGUGGGUACCGUGUGGACGUAGCACUGAACCAAAUUUCGAAGUUAAAAAUUUACAGCCUGGCAAAAGUUACAAGUUUAGAGUACGCGCUGUCAACAAAGAGGGCGACGGCGAAGACCUUGAGACAGAGAAGGCUACACUCGCAAAAGAUCCCUACGAUCCCCCAAGCAAAAUCGACAAGCCCGAGAUCACGGACUGGGACAAAGACCGCGUCGAACUCAAGUGGGAUAAGCCCAAAGACGACGGUGGAGCACCCGUUGAAAAAUACAUCAUUGAAAAACGCAAGAAGGGAGCACAGAAGUGGCAUAAGGCCAAGGAGGUUCCAGGAACAACAACUGUAACCACAGUUACGGAACUCGAGGAGGAAGAAGAGUACGAGUUCCGAGUUACUCCUGUAAACAAGGCCGGACUUGGUGAGCCUUCAGAUCCGUCUCGCUCUGUUAAAUGUAAGCCUCGUCGCCUUGCACCAAAGAUCGAUCGCACAAACCUCAAAAACAUUGUGAUUCGGCAAGGCCAAGGAUGCAAGUUUGAUGUCGACGUUAGGGGAGAGCCUGCACCAAAUAUCACCUGGGCUCACGAAGACAAACCCAUCGCAUCCGACGAGCAUUUUAAAAUCGACAUCGAAGAGUAUCACACGCUACUAGUGCUUACCCAAGCUCAGAGGAAAAUGCAUACUGGCAAAUACACAAUUAUCGCAAAAAAUGAACAUGGUACCGAUGAAGCUACUGUAGAAAUUAGAGUUGUCACCAAGCCUAACAAGCCUAAAGGUCCGCUUAAUGUGUCUGAUGUGCACGCUGAAGGCUGCAAGCUAAAAUGGGAAAAGCCCGAAGACGAUGGAGGCGAACCAAUCACUCAAUAUGUCGUCGAAAAGAUGGAUACAGAAACUGGCCGCUGGGUGCCUUGCAGUACCACACGGGAUCCCGAGGCAGACAUUAAAGGCUUGAUUCCUGGUAAGGAGUACAAAUUCCGCGUCAAGGCUGUCAAUCCUGAGGGUGAGUCAGAGCCACUCGAAACCGAUACCAGUAUCUUGGCUAAAAAUCCGUUCGACGAACCCGGAAAACCGGGUAAGCCUAAGGCUACAGAUUGGGAUAAGCACUUCGUACAGCUUAGGUGGGAUGCGCCAGCUUUCGAUGGAGGCGCACCUAUCACAUCGUACAUUAUCGAAAAGAAAGACAAACACUCAACAAAGUGGCAGAAAGCGGCUGAGACAAUUGGAAACGCUUGCGAAUGCAGGGUGAAUGAUCUGCUUGAGGGCAUGGAAUACGAAUUUCGCGUCAAAGCCGUUAACAAAGCCGGACCUGGAGAACCGUCCGACCCGUCUGAUAAGGUCAUCGCUAAGCCAAGGAACCAGAUCCCAUCGAUCGAUCGGCUUGGAUUGAAAGAUGUGACGUUGCGUGCCGGUCAGACGCUAAAGUACGACAUCAAAGUCGGAGGCGAGCCUCCGCCAACAAAGUCCUGGUUCAAAAAUGGUGAACAGCUUAAGAACGAUAAUCGUACCAAAAUUGAAAGCGAGGAUUACCGGGCCAAAAUUACUGUCUCCAAUGUUACGCGCAAAGAUACCGGUGUUUAUAAAAUCGUAGUUAAGAAUGUCAACGGCGAAGAAGACGCCGAAGCGCGCGUCACUGUUCUUGAUAAGCCGGGUGCUCCUGAGGGCCCAUUGGACGUCUCGGAGGUCCACGCUGAGGGAUGCAAGCUGAAGUGGAAGCCUCCGCUUGACGACGGUGGUAUGCCACUUGACGGCUAUGUUAUUGAGAAAAUGGAUACACAGACAGGCCGGUGGGUACCUUGCGGACGAACCAUGGGUGAUGAGUUCAACGUUGAAAACCUUACACCGGGCCAAGAAUACAAAUUCCGUGUCAAGGCAGUUAAUCCCGAAGGUGAGUCAGAGCCGCUUGAAAAUGAGACCACCGUCGUCGCCAAAAACCCCUACAACCCACCAGGUGCCCCAGAGAACGCUGAGGUUACGGAUUGGGACAAGGAAUGGAUGACUGUCAAAUGGGAUCCUCCUCUCAAAGACGGUGGAAAUCCCGUCCAGAAUUACAUUGUUGAAAAGAAAGAGAAGGGCACCGGAGUAUGGACAAAGGCGGCUACUGUUGACGGCAAUGUAACCAUUGCUAAGGUUAUUGACCUCAUUCCUGGAGAGACCUAUGAGUUCCGUGUGAAGGCUGUCAAUGCUGCUGGCCCCGGAGAACCAUCAGAUGCAACCAAGCCGCAAGUGGCCAAACCUAGGAGAAUGGCUCCCAGAAUCGACCGGAAGAACCUAAGGCCAGUGACUAUCCGCGUCGGCCAGGUGUUCGAAUUUGAUGUGAAGGUAGAAGGCGAACCGGCCCCAACCUGCAUAUGGAUGCUGGAAAAGAAGGAGGUCGUGGACCAUGGUGCACUAACUAUUGAAAAUAAGCCUUACAAAACAAAACUUAGCUGCGACCGCGCUGAGCGGAAGGACGCCGGAAUUUACAAGCUCAUUGCUAGGAACGAAUAUGGCGUUGACGAGGCCGAUGUUGAGAUCCAGAUUCUAUCAAAGCCGGCUUCACCAGAAGGUCCGCUUGAAGUUACGGAUGUCAAUAAGAAUGGUUGCCACCUCGCCUGGAUGAAACCGAAAGAUGAUGGUGGAGAGCCGAUUGACCACUAUCUUAUUGAAAAACAGGACCCAGACACAGGUGCCUGGGUUCCUGUAGGCAAGAGUCACGGAACCGAUUUCGAUAUCACAGGACUGACCCCAGGAAAAAGCUAUAAGUUCCGCGUGAAGGCUGUGAACCGUGAGGGUGAAUCUGAGCCGCUUGAAAGCGCUCUGCCUAUUAUUGCCAAGGAUCCCUAUGAUGCGCCAGGAGCGCCAGGACAACCCGAACCGACGGACUGGAAUCGUGAUCAUGUCGACCUCAAGUGGACUUCGCCCGAAUCAGACGGCGGAGCCCCGAUCUCUCACUAUCUUAUUGAAAAGAAGGAGAAAGGUUCAAGCAAGUGGGAGAAGGCUGGAGAGACAAGCGGUCCAGUUUGCCAAGGCACCGCCGCCUUCUUGGAAGAAGGCAAAGAGUAUGAGUUUAGGGUGGUUGCCGUCAACGCUGCAGGCCCUGGAGAGCCUUCCAUGGCAUCCAAGCCCGUUAUAGCUAAACCUCGCUUCCUGGCCCCUCGCAUCGACCGUAAGAAUCUCAAUGAGCUCAAGGUUAGAGUUGGUGAGCCUAUUCGUUUUGCUGUAGACAUUACUGGAGAACCAGCACCUGAAGUACAGUGGCUAUUGAACGAUAAGGAGAUCGGCGAUACAAGCCACCGCACGAUCGAGAGCGUCCCCUAUCAUACCAAAUUUGCCAUUCGUCGAGCAAAUCGUGAGGAUACUGGAAAGUACACCAUUAUUGCAACAAAUAGCAGUGGACAGGAUCGUGCUGGAGUUACCGUCAUCAUUUUGGACAAACCCGGUGCACCUGAAGGUCCUCUUGAUAUCAGUGAAAUACAUAAGGAGGGCUGCAAGCUCUCCUGGAAACCUCCCAAAGAUACGGGAGGCAUGCCGCUUGACGGGUACGUGGUCGAAAAGAUGGAUACCGAAACAGGACUGUGGGUACCAGUCAGCAAGACAAAAGAGCCUCAGAUGGAAGUUCUUGGACUGACACCUGGUCAUGAGUACAAAUUCCGUGUGAGGGCUCUUAAUAAGGAAGGAGAAUCUGAGCCACUAGAGGCUGAAAAACCUAUAAUCGCUAAGAAUCCCUUUGACCCUCCAGGCAAGCCUGGAGAUCUGAAGGCCACCGACUGGGACAAAGAUCACGUUGACCUUGAUUGGAAGGCUCCUGAAGACGACGGUGGAGCUCCAAUUGAGAAGUACAUUGUCGAGAAGAAGGACAAAUUCGGUGAUUGGGAACCAUGCAUGGAGGUGCCAGCUGAGCAGCUUAAGGCUUCUGUUGAGGGUCUAGAUGCCAAUAAACCGUACGAAUUCCGUGUAAGAGCUGUUAACAAGGCCGGACAGUCCGAACCAUCUAACAAUAGCGGACAGAUUAUCACCAAGCCUAGAAAACUUGCUCCUAAGAUCGAUCGUACCAAUCUGGAGAAAGUGAAAAUCAGGGCUGGACAGAACUUCGCGUUUGACGUCAAGGUCGAAGGCGAACCCGUCCCUGAGACAUCUUGGUCGCUUAAAGGCGGCAAGGUCACCAACAGCGAGCGCACCAAAAUCAAGGAUGAGCCAUACAACACUAAGCUGAAUUGCCGUGGGGCAACCAGGGCUGAGAGCGGCGUCUACAAGCUUAAAGCCGUUAACCAGUGGGGAGAGGAUGAAGCCGAGGUUGAAGUCAUUGUGUUGGACAGACCCAGUCCACCUAAUGGCCCGCUCAAGGUGGAGGACAUCCAUGCCGAAGGGUGUACGCUUAAAUGGAAACCACCUUCAGAUGACGGCGGAGUGCCUAUCGAUCACUACGUGGUCGAAAAGAUGGAUAUGGCCACAGGCUUGUGGACGCCAGCCGGAACCACAAAGGGUAGCGAAUGCGAACUGGCUGUUGAUACCCUUAACCCAGACCAUUCAUACAAGUUCCGAGUAAAGGCAGUCAAUCGCCAGGGCGAAUCGGAUGCUCUUGAGACUGACAAGCCCGUUGUCGCCAAAAAUCCCUUCGGUACCCCCGGGAAGCCCGGAACGCCUGAAAUUACUGACUUUGAUAAGGACUUCGUACAGCUUAAAUGGACUGCCCCUGAAAGCGAUAAUGGUUCUCCGAUUACGGGUUACAUCAUUGAGAAAAAAGACAAGUACAGCUCCGAUUGGAUGCCUUGUGGAGAGACAGGUCCAGAGUGCCAGGGCACUGUUAAAGAUCUUAUCGAAGGGCAGGAAUAUGAAUUCCGCGUCGUGCCUAUCAACAAAGGAGGCAGAGGAGAACCGUCUGAUUCUACCGGCAAACAUCUUGCCCGGCCAAAGAAUUUGGCUCCGAAAAUCGGUCCGAUGUCCGAUAUCAAGAUUAAAGCUGGCAAAAACUGGGAAAUGGAAGUUCCUGUUGUUGGAGAACCAGUACCUACAACUAAAUGGGACAUGGGCGGCAACUCUCUCGAGGAGUCACCUCGGUUUAUCUGCCUUCACUCUCCGCACAAGGCCAAAAUCUCCCUGCAAAAUGCCAAACGUGAGGAUAGCGGUGAACUGCAACUGGUUGCAAGCAACAUUAAUGGUACUGAUCGUCAGGCAGUCAAAUUUACCGUGGUCGAUGUACCAUCUGCUCCGGAAGGUCUUGCUGCUAGCAACGUUACCCGUGACGGUUGUGAGCUCAGCUGGAGAAAACCCAAAGAUGACGGCGGUAGUAACAUCCUUCACUACGUCGUUGAAAAGAAGGACAUCGAUUCUGGGAAUUGGACUAUGGUAGCUGAAACUCCUGGUCUUACCUGCAAAGUGGACCAUCUUAUUGAAGGUCAGAGCUUCUUGUUCAGAGUGAAAGCUGUCAAUCACGAAGGAGACUCUUCAUACUGUACCCUCAAAGAGCCCGUGCUUGCAAAAAAUCCAUACGAUAGUCCAGGUAAACCUGCUCCUCCUGAGGUGAAGGACUGGGAUAAGGAUCACGUUGAUCUGGAAUGGCGCGCUCCUCGUGAUAACGGAGCACCUAUCAAAGCGUAUAUCAUCCAAAAGCGACCCAAAGGACAGCUGGGUUGGGAGGAAGGUACACGCGUUCCUGGCAGCGAAAUCAAAUGCACAGUUCCUGGACUCACAGAAGGCCAAGAAUAUGAGUUUAGAGUUAUUGCCGUCAACAAAGCAGGUCCCGGAGAGCCGUCAGAUCCUUCUGAUAUGGUUCUUUGCAAACCGCGAAAAUUACCACCAUCGUUGGACAUGUCAGCUUUAAAAGACUUGCGGAUUAAGGCUGGUCGUCCCAUCAACUUUACGAUCCCGAUUAAGGGAGAGCCAGCCCCGAAGGCAACCUGGACUAUCAAUGGAAAACCAGUUACAGCACGAGUGGACUGUGCCUCCACUUCGACGGUGUGUACUCUGGAUAUCCCUGUCUCCGUACGCGAUGAUACAGGUCGCUAUACUCUAGAGCUCGCCAAUGAAUACGGAAAAACGUCAGGAACUGCUCAGGUUACCGUUAUGGAUCGACCUGGACCUCCAGAGGGCCCUCUUAAUGUUGAUACUGUUACCAGAGACAGCGCAGAGAUUUCGUGGCAGGCUCCCAAGGACGACGGUGACUGUCCAAUCACACAUUAUGUUGUAGAAAAAAUGGACACCACUCGCGGAACGUGGAUGGAAGCGGGACAAACACCUAAUUUUAGCUACAAGGUACCCAAGCUUAUUCACAAGAAGUCGUACCAGUUCCGUGUUGCGGCCGUCAAUGAAAUGGGCCAAUCAGAAUACCUGGAAACUACUCGUCCCAUUAUCGCCAAGGAUCGAUUCGAACCCCCAAGCCAGCCUGGAAGGCCUGAUGUGACUGAUUAUGAUAAAGAUCACGUUGACCUUGAAUGGAUCGCUCCCAAGGAUGACGGUGGAAGUCCCGUCCAAAAAUAUAUCAUUCAGAAAAGGGAGCGUGGAAAUCCUUUCUGGAGCAAAGGGGCAGAGGUUGCUGGAAACCAACUCAAGUGUACGGUGCCCGACUUGCGCGAAGGUCAGGAUUACGAGUUUAGGAUUAUCGCCGUGAACCAGGGUGGAGAAUCGGAGCCAUCUGAUUCGAGCCAGAUGAUAACCUGCAGACCAAGAAAACUACCGCCCAAGAUCUUGACGCCUAUGAAAGAAUUAAAGCUCAAGGAAGGUGACAAGCUACAUUUGGACAUUAAAUUUGAAGGCGCACCGAUGCCAUCCAUCACUUGGACUGUCAACGAUAAGCCCCUAUCCACCGAUAUGCGAGGCAGCCGGUCAGAUUACGAAGAUCACACUCUCGUGAACAUAGUUGACGUCAAGCGUGGGGAUGCCGGUGAAUAUAAACUGCAUCUGAAGAACGAGUUUGGAGAAGACGCCGGCACACUAAAGCUUAUUGUGUUGGGACCGCCAGGGCCGCCUGAAGGACCGCUUAAUAUUGAGGAAGUCGACAAGGAUAGGUGCACCCUCUCCUGGAAGCCUCCCAAGGAUAAUGGAGGCAGCGAUAUUACUGGUUACGUUAUAGAGAAACGUGACAAAACCGGCGGUGGUCAAUGGAUGCCCGCUGUUCAGUACAUAUCGCCCUAUAGCACAUCGUGCCUAGUGCCCAAACUUAUUGAAGGUCACGAAUAUGAAUUCAGAGUUCGGGCCGAGAACGAACAAGGUUUGUCAGAGCCUCUGAGCACCGACAAGCCGCUACUAAUCAAAUCUGCCUUCGGGGUGCCCAGCCGUCCUGGUCAACCAGAGGUUGUUGACGCCGACCGCGAUUUUAUUAAGAUCCGCUGGAGCCCACCUGCAUCUGAUGGAAGGUCGCCAAUUAAGGGUUACGAUAUCGAGCGUAAAGACCUUACAAAAGCCGGGAGAUGGAUCUGCCUCAACAGGGAUCCUGUCAACAAAUUGGAUUACACAGAUGACACCGUUAUCGAUGGACAUCAAUACGAAUAUCGCAUCGUAGCUAAAAAUGCAGCUGGCCCUAGCGAACCUUCUUUGCCCAGCAAACCUAUCACUGCCAAGCCUCUCAAAGAGAAACCUAAGCUUCACCUUGGUGGCCUCUAUGACAAAACAAUCCGCCUCAAGGCCGGAGAACCACUUCGAAUUUCAUUUCCGCUCACCGGAUCGCCAACGCCUACCGUCACCUGGAAAUGUGGGGGAAUCGAUAUUGUACCAACGAACCGCAUCAUUCCAUCAUUCAAGGACGAAAUUGUCAAAUUUGACAUUUCUGAGACGAAGCGCUCCGACACGAAUAAAUAUACAGUUACCGCUAAGAAUGCUCAUGGUGAAGACUCGGCAACCAUUGACGUGCUAGUCUAUGAUAAGCCUGGACCGCCGCAAGGCCCUAUGGCAUAUCCUGACAUCAAAGCCAACGAGAUUACAAUCAAGUGGCAUAAACCCCUAGAUGAUGGAGGCUCUGAGAUCAUUAACUACAGAAUCGAAAAGUGCGAUGCCAACAGUGAUUUCUGGGCUUCUGUUUCAGGAUUUUGCCCCGGAAACCAAUUCGAGUUUAAGGUUAAGGGGCUCACCGAGGGCAAAAAUUACAAAUUCCGUGUAUGUGCAGAAAAUAGCUUCGGCGUUUCGGAACCUUUGGAGGGACUCCCAGUUAUCGCAAAGAAUCCAUUUGAUACACCGGAGGCUCCCGGACAGCCUAAGGUCACAGACUUUGGGCGGAAUCAUUGCGGCCUUAAGUGGACUCCUCCACUUAACGACGGUGGCCGUCCAGUCCAAGGCUAUAUCAUAGAAAAGCGUGAAAAAGGAUACCCCGAGUGGACCAGAGUUAAUCUGGCACCAGUUCCCGGAACCGAGUUUGAUGUGCCUAACCUCAUCGAGGAUAAAACGUACGAGUUCCGCGUUAUUGCUGUGAAUGAAGGAGGAGCGGGUAAACCAAGCAAACCGUGCGAGCCUUUCACGGCCAGAGAUCCCAAAUAUGCGCCUAGAGCUCCUGAUAAACCCCGUGUUGACAAGGUUAAGAAGGAUUCAUGCACCAUCUCGUGGAACAAACCGCGCGAUGAUGGCGGUUGCAAGAUCAAGGGCUACGUCAUUGAGAAGAAGAAAAAAGAUGAUAAGGAUUGGACUCGGGCUAACCCGCUGCUCUGUCCCGAUCUCACAUACACGGUGCCGAAUCUUACAGAGGGUGAUGAGUAUGAGUUCCGUGUUAUUGCUGUCAAUGAAGUAGGCGAUUCUCCGCCUUCACCUCCUACGGAUCUCACACGAAUUGAGGAGCAGCCGGAUCAGCCGCGUAUUGAGGCAGGAUCCCUCAAGGACAUUAUCAUUCGAGCUGGACAGAGCUUCACACUCAACGCUAAAUUCUCAGGCUUCCCAGUCCCCACGGCAACAUGGUCGCGCAAUGACAAUGAAAUCAAUAUCGAGAAAGAUCUGCGUAUCCGCGCUAAAACUGAAGACACCUUUGCUGAGUUUACCCUUACCAACGCCAAGCGUGAAGAUGCUGGCCAAUAUAAACUACAACUCAAAAACAAACAUGGCUUCGAUACUGCCUAUUGCUCGGUCACAGUACUCGAUCGUCCUGGACCGCCGGAGAAUUUCCGCGGAGAAGAUGUAGAUGGAGACGCCCUUACACUGUAUUGGUCGCCGCCCAAGGAUGACGGAGGUUCGCCGAUUACUAAUUACAUUCUGGAGAAACGCGAACACGGCUGCAAGGCAUGGUCGCGUGUUUCUGGAUAUCUUAUCGAGAGCAACUAUCGCGUGCGGGGCUUAACCGUUGGCAAGAAGUACGAUUUCCGGGUAAUAGCAGAAAACAAAUAUGGAACGUCAGAUCCCACUGAGCUUGCUGAGCCCAUUCUGGCUCGCUACGGAUUCGAUGUUCCCGGAAUGCCUGGCAUUCCUCGAAGCAUUGAUUCAUCCAACGACUCAAUCACGGUUAGCUGGACCAGGCCUCGUAGCGAUGGUGGCUCAGCUAUCAUCGGUUACCUUCUAGAAAAGAGGAAAAAAGGUGACUCCAAAUGGCACAAAGUUAAUAACUACCCUCAUCCAGAACUCAUGCAUCGUGUCGAUGGCCUUGUGCAAGAUCAGCAAUACGAGUUCCGUGUUGCCGCAGUGAACGCCGCUGGCCAAGGCCCCUAUUCAGAGAACUCGGAACCAAUCUAUGCUCGACCGCCACCCUGCAGGCCAAAGAUUGAUUCAAGCUUUUCAAUGCGAGAUAUCAUUGUCUUGGCCGGAGAUCCCUUUACAUUGCGCGUUCCGUACGCUGGCAUUCCCAUACCGGAGGCCAUUUGGCAUGUAAACGGCACUGUAAAGCUCCCGAAGGAUGACGAACGCAUCCAUACAGAAAUAAAUGCUAACUUCGUGAUCUUCCUUAAUAAGAAGGCUCAGCGUGACGAUUCGGGUAAAUACAGCCUUACCCUUACCAACGAUCAAGGCUCGGAUACCCAAGCAUGUAAAGUUUUGGUAGUUGACAAGCCAGGCCCGCCCCAAGCGCCAUUCGAGCCCUCGGAUACUACCCCCGAAACUUGCUCGUUGUCCUGGAGGCCUCCGCUGGAUGACGGUGGCUCACCGAUCACCAAUUACAUAGUGGAGAGAAUGGAUCUGAUCAUGAAGAUUUGGAUAAAAUGUAAUGCCUUUAUCCGCGGAUGCCAUUACGAUGUUAUUGGAUUGGAACCCAACCACCAAUACCAUUUCCGCGUAAUGGCUGAAAAUCAGUACGGCGUGGGCCCGCACAUCCAGACUGAUACACCGAUUACGGCCAAAUUUCCAUUCAACGUUCCGUCGCCUCCAGGUAGGCCUGAGAUUGUUGACCAUGACAGCAGCAGUGUUCAACUCACCUGGAGUAAGCCGACUUCUGAUGGAGGCUCAAAGAUCCAAGGGUACCAGGUCGAAUAUAAGGAGCCAACCGAAGGCCGCUGGCGUAUCGCCCAGGAGGUCCUGGUUAAGGAUUGCCGCCUCACGGUGUCUGGUCUUCUCGAAGGUCGCACUUAUGAGUUCCGUGUGAAGGCCAAGAACGCUGCCGGAUUCUCUCUGCCAUCAGCUCCCACAGAAUCAUUCAAACUUACACCGAAGUUCACCGUGCCGUCACCGCCGCAGAAUCCUCAAGUAACCAAGGUCAGCAGGGCUUACAUCGAUCUUACAUGGGAGAAGCCACGUUCGGAUGGAGGUUCACGUAUUACUGGUUAUAUUAUCGAACGCCGCGAUGUUACAUCAUCAUUCUGGUACACUGUUACGGAAUAUCCCGCCACCGAUCUCAAUUUCUGCGAUUCACGCGUAAAAGAGGGGGUGACGUAUGAGUACAGAAUCAUUGCCAUUAAUGCUGCUGGACGUUCAGAUCCGUCUGCCUGCACCAAUCCGAUUAAAGCAACCAGCACGGAGGACGGGACACUGCCCGAAUUUGUUCGUAAGCUUUACGAUAAGAACGUCACAAUCAAGAAAGGUGCCAUUCUUGAGUGCGAGGCUAUCGGCAAACCGUUGCCGACUGCUCGUUGGCUUAAGAACGGACGCGACAUUACGCCAUCAGCUCGCAUCCGGUACGUGGAUAAAGGCCAGGGCGUGUUCCAAUUGAUGUUCGAGGACAUUGAGGAUGGUGACGAAGGUGAAUACUGCUGUGAAGCUAGCAACUCCAUGGGUAGCACAAGGACACGCUGCACACUCCGCAUUGCAGCGCCACCCAGGAUUGAGCGUUGUCCUAACGAUGUGUUCUUCCCAGAGCAUGAUAAUGGAAAGAUUAAGAUCUACUUUUCAGGAACUUCACCAUUCGAAGUUACCCUAUUCAAGGACGGUCUUGAGGUUAAGGACACCGUUGACUUUAAGGUUACAGUUUUCGAUGAUUAUGCGAUAGUAUUUCUUAAGGACAUUAAGAAAGAUAAAGAAGGCAAAUACCAAAUACAGGUCAGGAAUGACUCAGGUAUGGAUACUGGCUACUUCAAUGUUUGGGUUACUGGCUUGCCUGGACCACCAAUCGGACCAUUAGUAACGUCCGAGAUUACCCAGCAUACCUGCCAUCUUUCUUGGCACCCACCAAAGUUCGAUGGCGGCUGCCGUGUCACUCAUUAUGUUGUCGAACGUAAGGAAACCACACAUGAGCAGUGGGUGGUAGCUACAAGCUGCUGCAAGGACACUCAGUUCACUUGUCAAGGUCUUCAAGAGAAUGGCGAAUAUAUCUUCCGUGUAAUGGCAGUCAAUGAGAACGGAAUGUCCGUUCCGCUUGAGGGUCUAAAUCCAAUCAUUGCCAAACUUCCUUUCGACCCGCCCGGGCCGCCCGGAAUCCCAGAUAUUACCGAGGUCGGAGGCGAUUUCGUCAAUCUACAGUGGACCAAACCUGAGAAUGAUGGGGGUUCUAGGGUUCUCGGAUACUACGUUGAAAAGCGUGAAGUUGGCUCCAAUUUGUGGCAGCGCAUCAACCAGAACUAUCUCUGUUUACCAACUCAGUUCAAUAUUGGUAAUUUAGUUGAAGACCGCGAGUAUGAGUUCCGCAUCUUUGCGGUUAACGAAGCUGGCAUUUCGCCACCGUCACAGAACUCAAGACAAGUUAAGAUCAAAGAUCCCAACCAGCCAACGCCACCGGAGUUCACCAUUCCUCUUAAGCAGGUUAUGGGGGUGGAGCGUAAAAAUGUCCAGUUCAUGUGCAAGGUCAGCGGCCAGCCUGUCCCCGAAAUUCAGUGGUACAAGGGCACCCGCGAGCUGCACCAAGGCGCAAAGUACAGUAUGCUCCGAGACGGCGACAUGUAUAUGCUAGCCAUCAAUGAUAUCUUCGGCGAGGACGCCGACGAAUAUUGCUGUCGUGCCGUAAACAUCGCCGGAGCCCGAACAAGUCGUGCAGAACUGCUCAUUAAGUCACCGCCACAUCUUAAUGUACCUCCAAGAUUCCGCGAUCUUGCUUGCUUCGAUAAAGGUGAAAACGUCCAGAUAAAAAUCCCUUUCACUGGCUUCCCUCGUCCGAAGAUUACCUGGAGUAAAGACGAUGUCGAGAUCGAGAAAGGCGCCCACUUUGAUAUUCAAGUAAAAGAGAGACAUGCGAUUCUUACAAUCAAGGAUGCCUCUCAGCUCGACGACGGGCCGUAUCGCAUUGUGGCUGAGAACGAACUUGGAGUUGACUCGGCCGUGAUCAUCGUUCAAAUCUCCGACCGACCCGAUCCACCUCGCCACCCUGGCGUCGAAUCGUUCAACGAGACGUCAUGCAUUCUCACCUGGAUGCCACCACUUUGGGAUGGCGGCAGCCAUAUCACCAACUACGUCAUCGAAAAAUGCGAGGCUGGUAUGUCUCACUGGGUACGGGUAACGAAUACCCGUUUUCUUACUCACAAAAUCACUGGUCUGAAUCCAGGAACACAGUACCAGUUCCGUGUCUGUGCUGAGAAUAUCUACGGUCGCAGCGAGCCCUCUGAAGCCAGCACACCCAUUACGACACGUGCAACCAAACAAAAGAAACAAAAGAAAGUUGAAGUGGAUGAACACGGUAAGAAGAAGCGCGGCCAAUCCGAAGGACCAGUGAGCGACUAUGAUAAAUUUGUACAAACUCUGACAAGCAUUCCCGAGCCAGUAGAUAUCAAGAGUACAAGCGUUUAUGACUACUAUGACAUCCUCGAGGAGCUGGGCACCGGCGCCUUCGGAGUCGUCCACCGUUGUCGGGAACGUAAGACUGGCAACAUUUACGCUGCGAAGUUCAUUCCUGUAGCAAAUCAGUAUGAGAAGGCUGUCAUUAAAAAAGAGAUUGACAUCAUGAAUCAGCUUUUGCACCACAACAAGCUAAUUCGCCUCCACGACGCAUUCGAAGAUGAUGAUGAGAUGAUCUUGAUCUAUGAAUUCAUGGCCGGUGGUGAGUUGUUUGAGCGUAUUGCAUGCGACGAUCAUCGUAUGACUGAAUCUGAAGUAAUCAACUACAUGCGCCAAAUUUGCGAAGGCAUAAAACACAUGCAUGAGCGAAAUAUUCUGCAUCUUGACCUGAAACCAGAGAAUAUAAUGUGCACAAAGAAAGCUGGAAAUGAGAUCAAAAUUAUCGAUUUCGGCCUGGCAACACGUGUCAGCCCCGAUGAAACCGUCAAGAUUUCCACUGGUACUGCUGAAUUUGCUGCUCCGGAGAUUGUCGAUCGUGAGCCGGUUGGCUUCUACACCGAUAUGUGGGCGUGCGGAGUUCUCUCUUACGUGCUUCUCUCCGGCUUGUCGCCAUUCGCUGGCAACAAUGAUAUCGAAACCCUUCGAAAUGUUAAGAACUGUGAUUGGCAAUUCGAUCAGGAGGCCUUUUCCGGAAUUUCGGAAGAAGGCAAAGACUUUAUCAAACGCCUACUCGUGAAGGACAAGGACAAACGUAUGACGGCGCAUGAGUGUCUUGAGCACCCUUGGCUGAAAGGGCAGACCAAGACCGACGACAGGACCAUCAGCAGCAAGAAGUACGUGUCCUUCCGUGAUCGUAUGCGAGAUCGUUACAAAAAAUACUGGGACAGCGCCAUUCUGCCGUUCGGCCAUACGGCCAACUACAGCUCGUUGCGUAAGCUCCAGGAAAAGUUGCAUCGCAUUGAAGAAUUCGUUAUCGAUAAGAGAGAGAUGGUGCCACGCUUCGUAAUCAAGCCUCACUCAACAAUGGCCUACGAGGGCCAGGCUGCUAAGUUUUAUUGUCGUGUGAUUGCACCAGCGCCUGCCACUCUAACUUGGUACCGUGACUCGGGUGAACUCCGUCAGAGCGUUAAGUACAUGAAACGAUAUAUGGGCGACGAUUACACAUUCAUCAUCAACCGUUGCCGCCUUGACGAUCGAGGCGAAUACAUGAUCCGCGCUGAGAAUCACUAUGGCUUCCGCGAGGAGCCGGUGUUCCUCAAUGUACAUCCAAUGCCGCAACAGUUGCCGCAGUUCAAGGUGGAGGAGCCCGUGCGCCGACGCAUGGAACCCCUCCGCUUUAAUCCAUAUGACAACAUGAAGGAUUGUGCUCCCAAUUUCAGCUUCCAUUUGCGAAACCGCGUUAUUCAACUUCAUCUGGGCGUCAAAUUGCUGGCAUGUCUUGAGGAAAAGCCAGUAUGUGACGUGAAGUGGUUUAAGGAUGGUCGCGAACUCUCGAAAUACGAUGUGAGGAUGACGCAUUCUGAUGGCGUUGUCACAUGCGAGAUCGCCUCAUGCUCGCUCGAAGACGCUGGCAAAUAUACCUGCCAAGCAACAAAUGCACUCGGCAUGGCAGAAACCAGCUGUCAUCUUUAUGUUGAAGAUCGAAAGAAGUGGUCUCCCUCUACGAUGGGCCGUAGGUUCUCAGGUUCCAACUCAUCUUCGUUGUACUCAGAUAAACACAAAGCAUCGUACAGAACCUACAGUGGAUCAAGCGACCAUUACACGGGUUACUUGUCGACAAGCGACUCACGAUACCGUACGGACUACAUAACAUCGUCGUCCUACUUGACCAGCCCGAGCAGGCAGUUUCGUUCAAACUCCGACUACCGUAGUCACAGCAGCUCUGGGUAUAGAGCGACAACGGACAGCACUCUAUCCUCGGCCGUUUCGAAGCUGUCGAGUGAUAUUGGAUCUAUCCGGACACAAAAGCCGUACGGAUCCACAGCGGUUUCAGGGGACUCAACCAGCCCUUCACGUUCCCGUAAUCAGACCAAGGAGCUUGAACUACCUGAGGAAUCUUCCGCACCGAAGUUCAUCACGCCGCUGCAAGACCUAACGAUUAAGGAUGGCGAAGCGUUGACAUUAGCUUGCGUAGUUUCCGGCGAACCGGAGCCAAAGGUUAAUUGGUAUAAGGGCUCAGAACAGCUAGCCUCAUCAGACAUUAUCAGUCUCAAAUACAAGAACCGUGAAGCCACAUUACAUAUCGAAGAAGUCUACCCCGAGGACGAGGGAGAAUAUAUUUGUAAAGCAUCUAACGCCGAGGGCUCUGCCGAAACAAAAUGCAAACUCACAAUUACUGCCAUGGAAAAAGACGAAGGUGACGCGAAGAGCGGAGACUCAAAAGCUCCCCGAUUUGUUAAACACCUGAAGAGUUCAGUCGUGAAGGAUGGUGACAAGGUCACUUUGGAGGCCACCAUUCGCGGUUCGAGCGAUUUUGAGGUUGUAUGGCUGCAGAAUGGUAAGGAGCUCAAGCAAAAUAAGGACUUCAAGGCUAGCAACGAAGGAGACCUAUAUCGUCUGGAAAUCGCCGAGAUCUACCCGGAGGAUAGCGGUAUGUACACCUGUGAGGCCUUUAACAAUGUUGGCGAAUGUUUCUCUUCCUGCACUUUGACCGUGCUCGUACCAGGCGAAACCCUGAAAGGCCCACGCUUCUCGAUCUACCCCCGAUCCGCAACGUUUGCAGAAGGACAAGAGGCCAGCAUUCGACUUACAACGGAAAAGGAUCCCACUGCUUUGAAAUGGACGAAGGACGGCAAGGCCUUCAAGGAGGAUGACCGCCGAAAAGUGACCAAGGACGGCCGCAGUUACGAACUCAAGAUCGCCAAGUGUAACGCCUCCGACACUGGUCAGUACACGGCGGUGGCCGUGGAUAAAACUGGUGAGAGUCAGGCCUCAUUUUCUAUCAAUGUUGUCACAGCCGAUAAGGCUUAGCUUGGAAAACUUCUAGGAAUCAUCAAAAGCAAAAUAUUCGAAAGCGUAACAAUAUUUUCUGUACGAGACAUAAUAUCGACUCAUCCGACGUCGGAUACAUUGGCAUGAUCAGGAUUUCACCGAGCAUCAAGCAAACACUCGACUUGAUACCUAUUAAGAAGGCCAUUGAUGACGAAACAAUUUAAGUUCACUGAAAAUAACUAUGAUGACUGUCUCGGCUAAGACGAACGCAUCAAGUUCGUCAUAAUGGAAAUACUAAAUAACAAAGAUUGCUUGUUGUUAUAAUCUUUAUGCCAGUGGCAAUUACGAUGAUGAUGAUGAUAAUGGUAAUAAUGAUAUGACGAUAAUAACUAAUUACGACCCAAUGACGAGAAUGACGAGACCCAUGAACGAAACACAAACGAAAGGAUGAAACAGAAACAAAUUGCAACACGACACAGCACCGUGAUAAUAAUCAUAGUAGAAUCUAUGCAAUGAGCCUCCUUUUGUGUAAGAGAACGUCACGUUUUCGCACUACUGCGCUGUACCAUUUAUCGCGUACAUUAUAAUAACGAUGGUGAAUACGAAGCUGUCAUUGUAUUUGUGUCGGCUACUCUCCCUGGUUGUGAGGGGCAGUCACGGCCGGGGCGAUCGGACGACGCUCAGACGACAAUCCUCGAAAAACGAAACGUAUACCUCAUACGUGCGAACCAUCAAUAAUCUCAGUCAGAUCGACGCACUGCGAAAGCGAAAAA